AUGACAACAGAUGGAGUUAAAAAACACACCAAAAAGAUUAAAAAAUUAACAAGAGAAGAAAGGUUAAGAGCAACCAUAAGAAAAAAGAUUGAUAAACAUGCAGAAAGACAAGUUUUAAUGGCCGAGUUACAAACAAACUCGAUGAGUGAUAAACACAGGGAAUUGUUAAAGUCAUCAAGUAGUUUAGGUGCUAAAGAAACAAAUAAGGAAUCUAUAGCAAGACAAAAAAAAGAGAUGGAACUUAAUGUAGUUGUCCCUAAAGAUAUUUCAUAUUACAGAGAUGUAGAUAUUAAUAAAAAAGUUAUUAGACCAGAUAAGAUCUCUGAUGAUUGGGAUGAUUAUAAGGAACCAAUUAUUGAAAAGUCAACUCCAUUAGAAAUACCGCAACUUGCUCCAGAAACUUUAGAUAAAUUAGAAUUUGAAAAGACUCAUAAAACAAUUGAAAAGCGUAGAGAAGAAAAGUCUAAAAAGAAAUACUUCUUUUGGAAAAAUAAUGAUGUCGAAAGAGAUUAUGAUGAGUAUGAUGAUGUUGUUCAAGAUAAAGGCUCUUACUUGAAGGAUAAGGAAAAUUCAGAUAGUGAAGAUGAAAGAACAAUUCAAUUAAACAGUACCGAAAAUAAUAUUAAAGCCGAAAAAGAAAAACAAUUAAAUGAAAAAAAACUAAAACAACAACAGAUUAAAGAACAAAAACAAGCUAAAGAACAACAAAUUAAAGAACAACAAGUUAAAGAACAACAGGUUAAAGAACAACAAGUUAAAGAACAACAACAAAAACAGCAGGUUUUAGAUAAAAAAAGAAAAGAAAUUGAUAUUAAUAAUAAUAAAAAUAAUAAAAAGCAAAAGAAUGAUAAUAAAAACAAUAUCAAUAAUAGCACUAGCAAUAAUAACGAUAAUAAUCAAUUUGAUGAAGAAUUGGAUAAAGAUAAAGUUAUGGAAAUUUAUGAACAGGUUAAUGAUGAAAUUGAUAGAUAUAAUUUAUCAAUUGAGGUUUUUGGUAAACAAGAUGAAGAGAAUAGAGAAGUAUUUUUAAGAACUAAAACUGGUAUAGAAUCAAUUGAAGAAAGACUCAGCGAAGAGGUAGAUGCUCAGCCAAUCGAAUAUAAUGUAUUCCAUGUUAAAGUUGAACGUAAACCAGAAAUUGACGAAGUUAGAAAUAAUUUACCAAUUUUAAUGGAAGAACACACUAUUGUAGAAAAAAUUAAAGAUAAUGAUGUUGUUAUUAUUUGUGGUGAAACUGGUUCAGGUAAAACUACUCAAGUUCCUCAAUUCCUUUUCGAAAGUGGUUUUGGUCAUAAAGAAUGUGGUGAUUUCCCAGGUAUUAUUGGUGUUACCCAACCUAGAAGAGUUGCUGCUGUUAGUACCGCCAAGAGAGUUGCAGAGGAAUUAAAUGUAGAGUUUGGUAAAGAAGUUGGUUAUCAAAUUCGUUAUGAUAAGAAAUUAGACACUACAGUUAAUAAGAUCAAGUUUAUGACUGAUGGUAUUUUAAUGAGAGAAGUUCAAAACGAUUUCCUUUUAAACAAUUAUUCAAGUAUUCUCAUUGAUGAGGCUCACGAAAGAAAUCUUAAUACCGAUAUUUUAAUUGGUCUCUUAUCAAGAAUUGUACCAUUAAGAAAGAAGUUAUAUUUACAAUCAUUAAAGAAUCCAGAUGCCGAAAAAAUCAAACCAUUAAAAUUAGUAAUUAUGUCAGCUACUCUUAGAGUUGAAGAUUUCACAAAGAAUAAGAAUUUGUUCGUUAGACCACCACCAGUUAUUAAUAUUCAAGCAAGACAGUUCCCCGUUACAAUUCAUUUCAACAAAAAAACUGAAUUGGUAAAUUAUAUCGAUGAAGCAUAUAAAAAGGUUAUCAAGAUCCAUAAAAGAUUACCAGCUGGUGGAAUUUUAGUUUUUGUAACAGGUAAACAAGAAAUUGAAGUGUUAUGUUCAAAACUAAGAAGAUCUUGCCCAAUGAAAAAAAUCAAUAAAUCGUUUAAAGCUCAAAUGGAUAAAACAAAUGAUGAAUUUAAAACAAUCGAUACCAACGAUCAAAAUAAUAUCAAAACAAAUCAAUUUAUUUAUGGUGAUGCAGAUGAUUUCGAUUUCGAUAAUACCCCAGAUGAAAACUAUGGUAAAGAUAAUGACUACAAUGAUUUCAACGAUUUAGAAGUUUUAAAUGAUGAAGAUAUCGAAGUUGAAGAGGAUGAAGAAGAGGAAGAAAAUGAAGAAGAAGAAGAAGAAGAGGAAGAAGAGGAAGGGGAAGAAAAUGAAGAAGAAGAAGAAAAUGAAGAACAAGAUGGUAGUGAUACUGAAAAAGAAAAGGAGGAAACUAAAGAAUUAACAGAAAAUGAAAAAUUAAUUAAUAAUAGCGAAAUUUUAAUUAAAGAAAUAAAAGAAGAUGAUGAUGAAGACGAUGAAAAUGAAAAUGGUGAUGAUGAUGAUGAUAAACCAAAAGGUCCAUUAUAUGUAUUGCCAUUAUAUUCAACAUUACCAACAUCAAAACAAAUGAGAGUUUUCCAAACUCCACCAUUAGGUUCAAGAUUAGUAGUUGUAGCAACCAAUUUAGCUGAAACCUCACUUACCAUUCCAAAUAUUAAAUAUGUUGUCGAUACAGGUAGGGUUAAACAAAGAUAUUACAACCAAGAAAAUGGUAUAAGUAGUUUCGAAGUUGGAUGGACUUCCAAAGCUUCUGCAGAUCAAAGAGCUGGUAGAGCUGGUAGAACUGGACCAGGUCAUUGUUAUAGGGUAUUUUCAAGUGCAGUUUAUAAUGAUCACUUUGAACAAUUCUCAAAACCAGAAAUUUUAAUGAUUCCAAUCGAUGGCAUGGUACUUCAAAUGAAAUCGAUGGGUAUUCAAAAGAUUACCGGGUUCCCAUUCCCAACACCUCCAGAUGAAUCAGCAUUAAAAUUAGCACUCAAAAUUUUAGUUAACUUGGGUGCGCUAGAACAAAAGAAAUUCAACAUUACAGAUCUUGGUAUGAGAAUGGCCCAAUUCCCAGUUUCACCACGUCACUCUAAAAUGCUUUUACUUGGCCAGGAACAUAAUUGCUUACCAUUUAUAAUUGCUAUAGUUUCAAUUCUCACAAUUAAAGAACCAUUUUUAAAAGAAGCUUACGAAAAUCCAAAUAAUGAAGAUCCAAACGACAAUAAUAAUGAUGAUUCAACUGAAAAAGAAAUGUUAGAAAAAGAAAAAGAAGAAAGAUCAAAGAAUAAUCAACGUAUUAGAAACAGUAUGAGAAAAUGGCAACAUAAAGAUUCAGAUCUUUUAUCAAUAUUAAAAGUUGUAGGUGCUUAUGAUUAUCAAAUUAGAAAGAACCCUAAACAAAUUGAACAAUUUUGUGCACAACAAUUUUUAAAUACAAAAUCAAUGUCUGAAAUCCACAAACUUCGUCAACAACUUACCGAAAUUGUAAAUUCAAUAAAUACUCUUAAUAAUGAAUUGGAUCCAACUACCUAUCCACUAGUUUCCCCAAUAAGCUUUAACCAAUCAAUUAAACCACCUACUACAACACAAGAGUUAUUUAUUAAACAAGUAGUUACAGCUGGUCUUAUCGAUCAAGUUGCUAAAGUUAGAGAAACCCAAUCAGGAACCAAUCCAAAGCAUCUAAUUGAAUAUCAAACAGCAGUUCAUAAUAAUAUUGCCGAUGAUGGCACCUGCUUUAUUCACCCAACCUCAAAUCUUAGUAAAGGUAGUUCAGAGUAUGUAAUUUAUUGCGAUAUCAUCGAAACCUCACGUCCAUAUAUGAAAUUGGUUACCGAAAUCAAUCCUACAUGGUUACCAUUAUUAGGUAAACCUCUCUGUGCAGAAUUUAAACCAUUAGAACAGCCAGCUCCAUACUACUCUUUAAAACAUGAUAAAGUAAGAUGCUAUAUAAAACCAAGCUUUGGCAAUCACCAUUGGGAAUUACCGUUAAUUAAAAUAGAUCAUCCAGAUAGCACAGAAUCAGUCAGAUUUUUCACCAAAGCACUUUUAGAAGGUCAAGUCUUUUCUCCACUCAAAUAUUUAGUGCCAUACUUAACUACAACUCCAACAAUUAUAACUACCCCAAAUACCCAAACCAAAGUAUUCAAAUUAAUUAAUGCAUUAAAAUCAAAGAAAAUCUCAUCAAAAGAAUCAUUAUUAAAUGAAUGGAUUAACAAUCCAAAAUUCUUAUUUGAUGAAUAUUUAUUAUGGUUAAAUGUCAUUAAACCUUCUAUUCUUUCAAAAGCAACAGCAACCUCACCAGAAGGAAGAAUCAGCUAUAGUGAUAGUGGAUUAUGGAAGGAUGGACAAAAGGAGCAAUUAAAAAGAGUUAUAGAUUUUUGCAAAAUCUUUGGUCCGCGUAUGGAUAUUCAAAUAGCCCAUGCAGGAAGAAAAGCAUCAACUGAACCUCCAUUUCUUGGACAUAGAAAACAGGGUUUACCAUUUGAUGACCCUAAAGGAUGGGAAGUUGUAGGUCCAAGUGAAGAUAAUGAUUCAAUAAAAUACUUACCCUAUAAUCAUAAUUAA